AUGGCCACAAAGAGGAAAGCGGCGCAAAUGGGCGCAGCCACGGACGAGGAUCCUGCAGACCCUUCUGAUGAGCUAGUCUUCACUGGACUCGGUGGUUGUAAUGAAGUUGGACGCUCAUGUCACAUUGUUCAAUACAAGGGCAAGACAGUCAUGCUUGAUGCGGGCAUGUAUUCAGGUAGAGAUGGUAUCGCAGCCCUGCCCUACUUCGACGAAUUUGAUCUCAGCACUAUCGAUGUUCUCCUUAUCAGCCAUUUCCAUCUCGACCAUGCCGCUGCCCUGCCUUACGUCCUGGCAAAAACCAACUUCAAGGGUCGAGUCUUCAUGACUCACCCUACGAAAGCCAUCUACAAAUGGCUAAUCCAAGACUCCGUCCGAGUAUCUAACACCUCGUCCACAUCCGACCAACGUACUUCCCUCUACACCGAACAAGACCACAUCUCCACUCUACCCCAGAUCGAAACCAUUGACUUCUAUACCACUCACACCGUCUCAUCAAUCCGUAUAACUCCUUACCCAGCAGGACACGUGCUUGGCGCCGCCAUGUUCCUCAUAAACAUUGCAGGCCUCAACAUCUUCUUCACAGGUGACUACUCUCGCGAGCAGGACCGCCAUCUAAUUGCGGCAGAAGUGCCCAAGAACGUCGGUAAAAUCGACGUCAUGAUUACUGAGUCGACAUUCGGCAUCUCUAACGCACCUCCCCGUGCCGAACGCGAAACCGCUCUCCUCAAAUCCGUAUCGGGCAUCCUCAGCCGUGGCGGCAAAGUUCUUAUGCCCGUCUUCGCAUUGGGCCGCGCACAGGAACUGCUGUUGAUCCUCGAAGACUAUUGGCAGCGACACCCGGAUCUUCAGAAGAUACCCAUCUACUACACGGGCAAUACGGCACGAAAAUGCAUGGUCAUCUACCAGACCUACAUCAAUGCCAUGAAUGACAACAUCAAGCGCAUCUUCCGUGAGCGCAUGGCCGAAGCAGAAGCGUCUGGGAACGCCAAAGGCGUCAGUUCUGGGCCUUGGGACUUUCGAUUCGUGCGAAGCUUGAGAAACCUGGACAAAUUCGAGGAUGUGGGUGGAUGCGUUAUGCUUGCUAGUCCGGGAAUGUUGCAAUCCGGGAUGAGUCGGGUAUUGCUUGAAAGGUGGGCACCAGACCAGAGGAAUGGAGUCGUGAUGACAGGUUAUAACGUUGAAGGGACGAUGGCGCGAAUGAUCUUGCAAGAGCCAGAUAGUAUUCCAGCCGUGAUGAGUGGCAGCGCAGGCGGUGCAGGCCAGAACAUGGGAAGAAGGACGAGAGAUGGGGAUGACAAUCAAGUUAUGAUUCCUAGAAGAUGUAGUGUCGAGGAAUUUAGCUUUGCAGCACACGUCACCGGCGUCGAAAACGUUGGAUUCGUGGAAGAAAUUGGGGCGCCGCAUGUGAUUCUGGUCCACGGCGAAAAAGCGCAGAUGACACGUCUGCGGUCGAAACUACUAAGUCUCAACAACACCAAAUCCACUGACGUAAAAGUGUAUAGCCCUCAAAACGCCGAAGAAGUCCGAAUACCAUUCCGGAAAGACAAGACUGCUAAAGUAGUUGGGCGUCUUGCCCAGAUAAAUCCUCCGAAGACCACCGACCCCGAGGAAGCCCAAAUCUUGAAUGGAGUUCUGGUCCAGAACGGUUUCAAGCUCAAUCUAAUGGCCCCCGAAGACUUACGAGAGUACGCCGGUCUGACAACUACGACCAUCAUGUGCAAACAGCAUAUCACACUCAGCGCCGCAGGUAUCGAUUUGAUCAGGUGGGCUCUUGAGAGCACGUUCGGCGCGAUCGACGAAUUGGGAGCUACCACGGAGACCAAGUUGGACACAAAAGGUGACCAGUUUGUCUCUAAUGGUCAUAGUAGUGGCACAGCUGGUGGUGAUGACUAUGAUCCAGAGCAUGCAGAUGAGGAGAUACCUCCUUCGCCUUCGCGCAAGUUCCUGGUGAUGGGUUGCGUGUCGGUGACAUGGUCAGGACGGAGCAAAGAACUGGAGUUGGAAUGGGAAGGCAAUACGAUGAACGACGGCAUCGCUGACGCAGUCAUGGCGGUUCUGCUCACUGUAGAGAGCAGUCCUGCGGCUGUCAAAUACUCAUCAAGCAGGAAUGGGCAUCAUCACCACAAUCACCAGGUCAAUGGACAGAAAGAGAGAAAACCGAGGAAUGUGCACGCUGAACUCGGCCCCGAAGAGCGGUUCUCGAGGUUGUGUAUGAUUCUUGAAGAACAGUUUGGGCAGGGCAUCGUACCUAUCGAAACGCCGAAGCUCAACAUUGGUGCUACCAAAACUGAAAAGAUCAUUGAUAGCGUGAAGGAAGAAGCGGCCGACACUGAUGGCGAGAACGAGGACGGUGACGAGGACGCAGAGGCAGAGGCAGAGGCAGAGAAGGCAGAGGCUGAAGAGAGAGCGCGCCUUGCAGCGCUAGGUAUCCCAGUACCUGGUCUCGAGAUCAAGGUGGAUAAACAUGUGGCAAAGUUAUGGCUUGAGACUUUGGAGGUUGAGUGUGCGAACAACGUGCUGAGAGAUCGAGUCAGAGCAGUGGUGGAAAGAGCAGUAGAGACUGUCGCGCCAUUGUGGACAGUGAGGGGAUUGGCUCAGCGAUAG